CAUGAACUCCAAUGUAGAGAAUCUGCCUCCCCACAUCAUCCGCCUAGUCUACAAGGAGGUGACAACACUGACAGCAGACCCACCUGACGGCAUUAAAGUCUUUCCCAAUGAGGAGGAGGAUCUCAUGGACCUGCAGAUCACCAUCGAGGGUCCUGAAGGGACUCCCUAUGCUGGAGGUCUGUUCCAUAUGAAGCUCCUACUGGGGAAGGACUUCCCUGAAUCCCCGCCCAAGGGCUGUUUCCUGACUAAAAUCUUCCACCCAAAUGUGGGCCCUAAUGGUAAGAUCUGUGUCGAUGUGUUCAAGAGGGAUUGGACGGCUGAGUUGGGCAUACGACAAGUGCUGCUGACCAUAAAUUGUCUGCUGAUCCACCCUAACCCAGAGUCUGCACUCAAUGAGGAGGCAGGCCACCUGCUUUUGGAGAACUAUGAAGAGUAUGCUGCCCGGGCCAGUCUGCUCACAGAAAUUCAUGGGGGUGCAUGUAGCACCAGCAGCAGGAGGGUUGAGGCUACCCGGGACCUGGGCAGUGGGGCUUUAGCCUCCUCUGCUGACCCUAUGACCCCAGGGGUCCUAGGAGGAGCUGAGGGUCCCAUGGCCAAGAAACAUGCAGGUGAAUGA